GUAAGUCCCUGUUUCGUUUUUGACUUUGUGCCUGGUGCGCUGUUUCACUCCACUCUGUACCUGGUACGCUGUUUCACUUACUCCUCAGUGCGUGGGAAGUGCGGAGCAUUCGCCUUUGCCGCUCUGUUUGGGCCGUAUAUUAAUCCGUCGUGGACCUGCAGAAAUAAUAGCAGUUGUGCCCUGACCUAAGCCGAGAAAUGCAUUGCUCUGGGCCCUGUCGUUUCUGAUUGUAUACUCACCUUUGCAUUCGCUUUAUCUCUUCGGACAUGGUUAGACAAUCAACUUGGCUAACACAAUUUUGGGCACAGGGAUGCUGGCCAUGCCAGGAGCAUUGGCCUCUGUAGGAUUGCUGCUUGGAAGUUUCAUGAUCGUCUUCUCGGCCUGUGCGUCUGCACUGGGACUUUAUUUCUUGACAAGGAGCGCCAGUAGAACCGAGGGCCGUGCCGCUUCGUUCUUUGCCUGCUCCAAGCUCACCUACCCUUGGGCAGCCGUUAUCUUUGACUUUGCGAUUGCGAUCAAGUGCUUCGGUGUCGGUAUCUCGUACCUCAUUAUUAUCGGUGAUCUGAUGCCCGGCGUCGUGAGGUCUUUGAGCACAAUGGCGUUUAUUGCGGCAGGUGGCGAUGGCUCAGGAGAGAUGGAUCCCAUUUUGUGGUUCCUGAUAGAUCGUCGAUUCUGGAUCACCAUUUUCAUGGGUAUCAUUGCGCCCAUUUCGUUCCUCAGGAGACUGGACUCGCUCAAGGCCACCAGUGCAUUGGCCCUCGGCGCCGUCGUCUAUCUGGUUUUUAUCGUGGUGUACUACUAUGUUAACCCGGAACAGCCGUUGCCCACAAAGGAAGAGAUCGACCUUGUGAAGUUCAAUUCUCAUUUCUUGACGACACUGCCGAUCUUCGUCUUUGCGUUUACUUGUCACCAAAACAUCUUUUCCGUGUACAACGAACUGAGCGACAACGGCCAGAGCAUGCUCAACAGGAUCAUCACCAGCUCAAUCGGAAGUGCCGUCGUGGUCUAUCAUAUUAUCGGUGUCCUGGGAUAUCUCACAUUCGGAAACGCCGUCGGCAGUAACAUUAUCCAGAUGUACAACGCAUCGCUGCUGGUGACCAUCGGUCGCAUUGCCAUUGUCAUCUUGGUCAUGUUCUCGUUCCCGUUGCAGUGCCAUCCUUGCAGGGCAUGUCUUGAUAAAGUGCUUUUGGCUGCUGGAGAGCUCUGGGAGACGACACGGUUUGGCAAGAACAAGACCUACAACUCUUUGACCGCCCAUGACGCGGACGACAAUGAUGCGCACCCACAUACCCCGACCUCUGUAACACUCACUACCACCCACCAACUUGACGACCACGGUGCACCAGCUUCGGAAAUCCCCCAGGUCAAGUACGUUGUCAUGACCACCGCCAUUCUGAUUGCCAGCUAUAUUAUUGCCAUCACCGUCUCGGAGCUGGAGAUUGUGCUGUCGUUUGUUGGAUCGACGGGAUCGACCGCAGUCUCGUUUAUCCUGCCUGGCAGCUUCUAUUACAAGUUACACAAGAACGACCCCUGGACCGGACCUAAGAUCCUGUCGGUAUGCCUGAUGUUGUACGGAUGGCUAGUCAUGUUUGUCUGUCUAUCUGCCAACAUUCAUCGUGUCCUCAGCGGAUGAUAAUAGACUCUCGAAUCACAAUCCAUACAGGACAUAGACAAUACAUAGAGCAAACCCUUCCUUCGCUCAUUCAUUUGCUUCUUCAGUAUUUUCGCAAUCCGUAAUACUCGUCUACCAUUCAUACCUUUAGCAAUUUGCUUGCCAAUAAACGCAUUCAUACUUUUCAAGCG